AUGGGCAGUUUCGACAAGAUCGGAAUUCCUGGAUCUAUCGAAACCUGCGGCUUAGCAGACUCCCUUCCGCCUUGUUACCAGUGUGAUAAAGUGUCCGGAGAAUACACAUGGGCUAAACCUUACGAGACUGGGAAUACUCUCGUCCACGAACGCAUGUUUCCGGUCAUGUACUUUGACGGUCGAGACUUUCCUAACAGGAGUGCCAUCGACUGGAUCGAAGCAAAGGACUUGCGGAGAUUUAACCCAAAACUCAACAACGAUCUUCUUCCUCACAUCAAAGAGGUCGAAAAAUACUUAAAGGCUGACCCCGCCAGGUCAGCUUUGCAGGAAGAUGACGAGGAUGGCGAAAGAGUGCCGCACAAAGAGAGAACUGAGUCUCAAGUACCAAAACCAGAAGAAUCGAAGAAGAAAAAGCGCAAGUCGAGUGAACACAAGACUUCGGGAUCCAGCAAACCAAAGACAAAUUCAAAGAAGCAGGCCUCAGCAACAGAUGCAGCAACAGAUACAGAGGUUCAGAAGGCAACCCCUACGCCGGAACAAAUGGCAGCACAUAGGGCAGCAGCACUGAAGCCUCAAGUGCUGAGGAUGAUAGGCCACCACAAUAACUUGGACAAAUUAAAACCUACCAAGACCGCAGCUUCGAAGCCAGCAACGACGGCCCCUGCAAAAACAAAUGAGAAAGAUUUAAAUAGUCGGCCUGCAUCUAGACCGUCCUACCAUAAGCCAGCAGAGUCGAAGUCAUCGAGCUCAAAGCCAGGAGCGGCGAAUCCUGCGAGACCGGCGGGGAAAGGAUCUAAUCAGCCUGCCCCGAAGCCAUCAGCAGCAAAGCCAGCAACACGGAGACCAGCCGAGAAAGACGCAAGCCAGUCUAACCCAAGGCCGCCAGCAGAAAAGACAGUGUUGAAACCAGCUGAGAAAGAAUCAAAUCAACCUGCACCGAAACCAUCAGCUCCGAGGCCUGCUGAGAGUCACCAAAGCAACCAGGUCCGGACAAGAUCCAAGCCAACAGGUCCGAGGCCAACCGUAACAAGGACAGCAUCAGGAACACCUGCCGAGAAGGAGCCAAGCCGGCCUGUCACAAAGCCGGCGGCACCAAAGCUAACAGCGCCAGCUGAGAAGAUAUCAAGUCCGCCUGCGCCGAAGCCAACUGAACAUCACCCAAACAAGACUGCUCAGACCAAGCCUCAGGCACCUGUAACUGCGGAACCUCAAGUCCCUCUUCCAGUUUCCGGCGAAAAUCAAACGGAAUUUGAGCCUCAGAUUGAUGAGUCUGCUCCAGUUCUGGAAGACGACUCUCAGGCUGCCCCUGCCCCUGUCCAGCAACAAGCUCCCCAACCCAGAGCUGACCCUCCGGCUCCGGCUCCGGCUCCAAGAGUUCCGAGAGCACCAUCGGCGCCGCCCAGGCCUCAGUCUGUUCCGCAGCCCAGCAGUGUUUCUCAUCAUCCCUUGCCGAUGCCUUCGCCUGUACCCAGGCCUGCAAGUACCAGGAAUCCACCACGGCCACUGCCCGGUGAAGAUGUUAAGAAGGAGGAAAAGCCCAUCAUCGUCAUUGACAUUUCAGACGAUGAAUCAGACGGUGCUGCUGAAGACAAUGCCGCUGCUGCACGUACCUUAUCGCAACGGGCUUCCCGUGCCCAAGUUCUCCAACAGUUGACUGCCGCUCUGGAAGAAGACUUAACCACCAGCCAGCAACGAACGACAGCAGCGCAACGUACCGACGCAGAUCGACUAAGAGCGGUUGACAUCGCGCUGGCGGCACUGAGGCGGGAUAAACCAUCGAAUCCGUCGGUUGGACAGGCGUGGGACCGGAGACCUUACGACUCGACACAUAGGCCCGUGCAAGGGGAUGUAGAGAGAAUACGUGCACCACUCUACAGCCCAGCUGUGACAAACACGUCUCUGCCAGAUCAGCACCAAGCACAAAUGGUAAACACGAACCGGAGCAUCGGUAGGCAGCUCGGCUCUGGAUCACUUCCAACCCCGCCAGCCCAGUCGUUGCCAGGGCCCAUGGACAUCGAUAGCUAUUCAUCACGCCCUCGAUACAGCGCAGGGUCGAGUCCAAUAGGCCAACCAUAUCGCCAGCCACCUCCGGAGCAGCAUUCACAUCUACAACAGCCCCAGCCACGACAAGCGCAGGCUUCUCAACAACAGCUCCUGACUGAGUACGUGAGUGCUACACCCAGUCACCCAGAAAGCUUAUCUCGGCGCCCAAGUCAUGAUCAGACACCACGGAUACCGGAGCCUCCUCCCACCACCCAGUACUGGCAUAUGCAAGGGCGAUUGCAGCAGACACACGAUCCCCAACAGUCACCUCAGAAUCAAUAUCAGCCAAGUCAGCAAUCGCAUGCUUCCCCUGUGUCCACUGCACCUCCGGUUCAGUAUCCGCGACCUGAUGUACAACAGCAAUAUCCUCCUCAACAAGCGGCUCCUUCGCAUUAUCAAAAUACGCAGUACCAGGCGCAACACCCUCCAGCGCAGCCGUAUAAUCAGCCGCCGCAACCUUAUCAACAACAGCCUUCGGUGCAAUAUCAACAGCCACAACCCGCCCAACAAUAUCAUGCUGCUCAUCAGCCAGCCCCAACUCAGCAGUAUGACACGCAGGCGCAAACUCAACCGAUUGAGAGAUCUACUCAGCGUACUCCUUCUCUUUCACACCUGAUGCACAGACAUUUGCUUGAAUCUCCGCAGAACAACCGUAACCAGGUGCUGCCGCCACCUCCGCAGUCUUCUCCCCCCAUCUCUUCUGCCCAAACUCACAACCAGACAUCACAUACAACGCGUCUAUCUUUUUCCAGCCCGUAUGCCACUCCUCCAACACAGCCUCCACCACACGCGGGCCAGUUCCCAAGUGUACCAACAGUCGCCUCACAGCAAGCUGUUCAGCAUACGGCGCCUCUCCGUACUAGCCACGAGUGGCCAACCCCAUAUCAAAAUGGCCAAGCGCAGGCACAACAGGCCGGAGCUUCUGCUGAGCGGCCUUCUUCGUCUCAUUUUCAAUCCGCGCCCUCAAACCACUCUCGAUCAGCGUCUGGUCAUACACAAAACGAGCAACGACCUCCCUACCUACCGUCAACUCAUAACGCAUCUCGGCCUUACCCCUCACCGCACUGGAACCAACAAUCAACCCAGGUUUCGAAUCUUCCUCCUCCACGACCACUCGUGGCUAUCGACCAACAACUACAACAAGAUCCGAACCUACUGCCACCCUUAGUAUCGAGUAAUAGGCCACCAGAACGACCGCAUCAGCCUUCUUAUAACCCCUAUUCAACUAUUCCCAGCAUAAUGCAGCACCACGAAACACCUUCUGCCGCAGUCCAUCCACCCCAGCUUCCUCGACUUCGGCAAACUGGUGCUGGCUCGCCACCGGGAUUCUCUCAGGCACAACCCCAACAAUCAACACCUGCAGCAGCCUAUCACCCAGCCCCGCUUCGCCAAGUUGAACCAGCCGCGGGACCUGGGCCCUCACCGAUACAACCAGUCGUAAGCCCCCAUGAACAACGGGCCUUGUCUCCCCGGCCAGAGUCUUCUGCACCCCCGGCACCACAGCCAUCCGCGCAAACAACUUCUAAUCAACAAGCUGAGCCCGAAUCUCGCUCGUCCCGUGAUAAGCGGGAUAAGCUAAACCCAGAACCACCGGAGGGCACCCAACAAACCUCAACAGCCGCGUCAACACAUCAGCCGGAACCUGCCACCGCGGAAGCCAACAAUUUUCACCCAUGGGUCCAAGUUGAUCUCAACCUUCCUCAAGACCCUCCCGACUGGGGUGAUUCGAUGCCAUUUGAGCUCGUCGAGUUCAUCUCUGAAUGGGAGCGCCUGCGUUCUCUACGCCAAGGUCUGGGAGGUCUACGCAACCACAGGGGCGGCCUCGAAUGCUUGUUCUGCACUGGUCCUGAACGGGUGCCUUACGUCUAUGAUCGCAAGAACUAUUUCGAGAAGCAUCUCUUGCAUCACUGGCAGAGGGUGAAGAAGAUUCAUCCAGAGGGGCCAGAUCCUAACCCACGCCCAAUACAGCGGCAACAGCCGUACAUUUUUAGGGACGGCACUGCAAAUCUCAAUAUUUGA